GCAGCAGUGAGCGACACUCUGGAGCAACAGAGAAGAGGACGAAGCAUCACUGCUGACUGAAACUGAGGCUGCAAACAGGGAGUCAUGUGGAGGUUGGUGCUGACGGUCAGUCUGCUGUGCUGCAGCUCUGAGGGCUCAGUGACCUGCAGAGAUGAGGGAGACAACCCAGUGGACUGGUACAUCUUAUACAAGACACCCAGAAAUCCACAGCUGGAUGGUUUGGAUUAUAUUUACAUUUAUCCAGGUGCAAAUGAUGAGGCAAAUUCUCUGCGUAAGAAAAAUAUCAACAAUCCUGAAGGCGUCCUGGCAAACACCCUCCAGCCGCUCUUUAAAUUUGACAAAAAUAAUCCACCAAAAAACUUUGGAUUCAUCAGCUACAAUGAUGAUGUUCCAGAGGGUUAUCCUGCUUCUGCUUCUGCUUCUGCUUCUGCUUCUGCUUCUGCAGACACAUCUGGAGGUUCAGCUCCUUCUUCAUUCGGUCACAGUAAAGGGGUUGUGAUGGUGGAGAAGAAUGACCCUAGAGGCACUACAGGCACUGGAGUCUGGCUGUUACACAGCACACCAAAGUUCCCUUACAAGAGAGAUAAAGAUCAUUUCUGGCCUGAAAGUGGAGCAAGAAACGCUCAGACAUUCAUCUGUGUAACGUUUCCCUACAAAACAUUUAAAGAUAUAGGUGAACACCUGCAGCUCAUCAGAGCUUUCCCAUUCGAUUAUCAUAUUCCAUCAGACUUUCAUAAAACGCUUCAGGAAGUUAAAAACAAGGAAAGCCACAGUACUCCAAAAAAUCCUAAGCUCCACGAGCUGACAUCCAGUGGACAGAAGGAUUUUUACAGCAUUGCUAAACAAGUGUCAGCUGAUGGUAAACCAGAGGACGGAGAUCUUUACUUCAGUAUUUCAGAGGAAAUUGACAGUGAUGUGAAGGUCCAGAGCUGGGGCUGCCAGCAAGACCGAGAUGUUUCCUUCUGCUCUCAAAAAAAAAAAGUGCAAAAUAUCCUCUUUGUAGACAUUGGUUGGGCUGAAUGGGACUCUGGCAGUGAUCAUUCAAAGUGGUGUGUAGCUGUGGAUCAGAAUAAACCCUGGACCUGUAUUGCUGAUGUAAACAGAUCAGAGUCACAGUAUAACAGGCUGGGAGGAGCGCUGUGCAUUAACGAUGAGAAAGUAACAAACCUAUUCAAGGGCUUUGCAAAGUAUGUGGAGAAAUGUUGAGAUCCAGAUCCAAAAAAAAGACCAUGUCCUCAUAGAUCACACUCAGGCUGGCACUUCAAUAAAUAAAUUAUUAAAUAGUGGAGCUCACUCUUCAUCCUGUUUAGAUGAAUCAUUUUUUAAACGUUAGAGUCUGUCAUACAUACGAUGGUAAAAUGUUAGAUGGUCUGAUAGACUUCAUUAAUCACACAGCAGGAUUGGCUGAUGUUGUGUUGAAUGAUGAUCUGUAACUCUGUCUGUACUGAGUGAAGUUUCUCCAUCAGAGGAACCAAAGUGUUUGUGUUGGAUGAAUUCAAUAAAAUCUGACAGAAACACCUCGUUGUCAUUGUGAUCGUCAUGUUUGUGUUCAGUCACACAGCUACAGAGCUCUCCCCACUUCACCCACUGAAAAGAUGAAUUCAUCAAGUCCUGAGUUGAACUUAUGAGCAAACAACCUUUAAAUAUCUGGUAUUUUGGCCUUUUUUGACUUAAUUUGAUAAAUACU